UGGCCUCGGGAUAAACCGUCAUGUACGCUCGGGACAAUUGAAAAUGCUAGUUGGAUUUAAACAGUUUAUUUAUUUUUUUAAAUACUAACUUGUUUCCUCCUCAGAAGUUAAAGGAAAAUACAAACUAUGGUUCAGCAUGCAGCUCUGUGCUCCAGAAAGCAGGUAGCAGUCGAUCAACACACUUUGUGACUGCUUAGAAGUGAGACUCUACAACUACAGAAGAUCUGCUGUUUCUUCAAACUGUUAAAACCAAAAAAAAUAGAAACAAACAAACUCACGGCUCCUCGGGAAGAUUAUGCCAUUGUAGCUGGCGAACUUGAGCUUCUUCAGCAUACAAAACCUUUCGAGACCGAGUCCCGUUUGCACAGGCAGGAACCAUGGAUGACCCCUACCACAACAAUGUGAACCAGCAGAUGACUGAGGGCGGAGAGUACACCUACACUCAAGGUGGAGGAGGUCAGGACGGCUACCCUUACCAGACGGACUAUCCCCAACAGGAUGAGGACGCCGCCAGCGACGCCACCGAGGGGGCCGAUGAGGACGAUCAGAUGUACGAGGGGGAGUACCAGGGCAUCCCCCACCCCGACGAGAUCAAGGAGGCGCGGCGGGCCGCCCGGUUGGAGGCCAAGAGGAAAGCCCGUCUGACCGCGCAGCAGCAGCAGCAGCAGCAGGAGGAGGAGGAGAGCCUGCCGGAGCAGUACGAGACCAUCAUGGAGGACUGUGGCCACGGCCGCUUCCAGUGGACGCUCUUCUUCGUGCUGGGACUGGCGCUGAUGGCGGACGGCGUGGACGGCUUCGUGGUGGGCUUCGUCUUGCCCAGUGCUGAAAAGGACAUGUGCAUAUCCAACGCAGACAAAGGACUCUUGGGCCUGCUUGUGUAUGUGUCCAUGAUGGUGGGUGCCUUGGUGUGGGGCGGUCUGUGUGACAAGAUGGGGAGGAGGAAGUGUCUCAUCUACGUUCUGACCAUCGACCUGGUCUUCUCCUUCCUGUCCUGCUUCGCUCAAGGAUACGGCUUCUUCCUCUUCCUGAGGUUCUGCUCCGGCUUUGGAAUUGGGGGAUCCAUCCCGAUCGUGUACACCUACUUCACCGAGUUCCUGCAGAUGGACAAGCGUGGAGAACAUUUGAGUUGGCUCUGCAUGUUCUGGAUGCUGGGAGGCCUGUACGCCUCCUUCACCGCCUGGGGAAUCAUCCCUCACUAUGGCUGGGGCUUCGCCAUUGGAACCCAGUUUCAGAUACACAGCUGGAGACUGUUUAUGUUUGUGUGUCUCUUCCCGGCACUGGCUGCACUCAUCGGAGUCGUGUUCAUGCCCGAGAGUCCACGUUUCCUGCUGGAGAAUGCUAGGCACGAUGAGGCAUGGAUGAUCUUGCGACAGGUUCAUGACACCAACUGGAAGGCCAAGGGGGAGCCGGAGCGAGUCUUCACCGUGACGAAUAUUAAAACUCCGCAAACCCAGGAGGACGAAUUCAUAGAGAUUCAGAGUGACACUGGAACCGCCUUUCAGCGCUGGACGGUUCGAAAAAUGACCAUGCUGCAGCAGGUGAUGGCCAAUGUGAUGUCUUUAUCUGCUCCAGAGCUCAGGCUGCAGGGCCUUUUCCUGGUCAUCGUGUGGUUCUGCAUGGCUUUCAGCUACCACGGACUGGGAGUGUGGUUCCCUGACAUGAUAAAGUACAUGCAGUACGAGGAGUACGAGUCUAAGGUCAAAGUGUUUCAUCGGGAACGUGUGGAGCGAUUCCACUUUAAUUUUUCCCUCGUCAAUCAAGUCCACCGUGAGGGAGAGUACAUCCAUGACAAAUUUGCAAACAUUGAGAUUAAAUCCGUCAAGUUUGAGGAUUCGCUCUUCGAGAACUGCUACUUUGAGGACAUCAAGUCAACCAACACAUUCUUCGAGAACUGCACGAUCAAAAACACGGUCUUUUACAACACAGACCUGUGGCAGGAAAAGUUCAAAAACUGUCAAAUGGAAAACACCACCUUCCUCCAUCCAAAGAAAGGCUGUCAUCUAAACUUCCUGGAGGAGAACGACAUAGUAAUCUACCUGGUCAGCUUCCUGGGAAGCUUGGCUGUGCUGCCUGGCAACAUCAUCUCGGCACUUUUCAUGGACAAGAUAGGAAGGAUCCGAAUAAUAGGCGGUUCUAUGCUGGCGUCGUCAGCCUGUACUUUCCUGCUGCUCUUGAGCUUCAGUCAAGGAGCAGUAAUCUGUUGGCAGUGUCUCUUUUAUGCUGUCAGUGUGGCAGCCUGGAAUGGGCUGGAAGUCAUUUCUGUGGAGCUCUACCCCUCUUCUAAAAGAGGGACAGCGUUCGGCAUCCUGAACGGGAUCUGUAAGUUCGCAGCCAUCGUUGCCAGCUUCAUCUUUGCAGCCUUCGUCGGCAUCACAAAAAUCAUCCCCAUCUUCCUGGCCUUCGCCGCCCUCGUCUGUGGAGGCCUGGUGGCCCUGAGGCUGCCUGAAACGAGGGAGAAAAUCCUCUCUUGAAAAGCCAAACUUUCUGCUGCUUCGGAUCCCCAGACACAAACGGCAAACUGUGCGAUUUGUAUUUAUGUGGUUACUUGUUUUUGAAAUAGUUACAAAACCUGUAUGGUGGCCUACAUCAACCUGCGGUUGCUCUCCGCUACAGGAAAGCUCCUCAGGCUGCCCAGCGUUUUUCUGUCACGUCAUGCGAGUCCUGUCUUUGUCUCCCCCGCUCUCCGUUCACCCCCGCCCCCGUUCUGUCUGAGGUUGAUGUAAAAGAUUAAAACACUGUGUCUGUGUUUGAAUGGUUGUGUAGAGAUCAUGUUACCAUGUUGUGCUUUGGUUUCAUUCCCUCUUGAUGAAAGAGAGAGGACUUUUAGUGAUAACUUGAAAACGACGAGGCUCGCUGCUAAGUCUCCGCAGCAGUAUUACUCUAAUUUCGAAAAAUAAAAAAAACAACCAAACACCUUGAACAUUCACCCAAUGUUUGUUCGGAGCAACCUCAUGGUGUCUGUAGUUUGUGUUGCCCAGUUUGUUCUCUUUAGGUAAAAUCAAUUUAUGAAAUGUAGAUCUCAUUUUCUAAAAACGACUUUAGCUCUCCUCGGGUUUCCCGAAAGAUCCGGAUGCAACUCGACCAGGUUCUGUGUCUCUGAUAUGUCCUGUUUGUUUCCCAUCGUAGCGUUUUAAUCUGUAUUGUAACAUGUAGCAUUAGGGUCUUUAUCUGUCACAUCUUGCCAUGACAAAGUGUAAGGAACUGUCUGUUUUCUUUUUUUUUUUUGUCUUUUUCUAAAGGGAAAGAGAACAAUGCAAAACUGUAAGACUAGAUGUUUUCAUAUGACGCUCUCCUUUCAAUGCUCUGAUGAAGAACUGAUUUGCAGAACUUUGCUACAUUUCUGACAACUUGUGUCAACAUUUAUUUUUUGGAGCAUUGUACGUAUUCAGCAUGACUGAUUUAUGCAUGUGAGUUUAUGUGUGUGUGUGUG